CUCCUCAAUAUCCUGGCUCAUGAGCACAUUAUGCCACGAGGUGUGUCGGUCAGGCCGAUGUUGUGAUAUCUGAGGGGUUCUGAAGGGCGCGGCUCCUAUCAAGUUAGCACAUAUCACGGUGGGUUCGCACACGCUUGAAGGAACUUCGAGUAUCCAUGCCAUUGUCAGCACCAGAACCAUGGCCCUGCAUUCCAAGCGCUGUGGGCCAAGCUACGCGCCGAAGUGAGAGAGCUACAGAGCAAGGGUACUACGGAGACGGCUACUGGUCAUCCGGCAAGAGGCUAGCAGACUCUGCACGCGUCGGCGGCGAAUCCCUCGGCGCAGGAGACCUCCCAGAGUACAUGUGCGGCGGUGCCCAAGCACGCAAACGCCCGACGUCUCUCCGCCGGCGACGUACAGCCGGCCCCUCCCAGACAGGUGCCCAAACAGCCAAAAGGCGCAAAGCGGGCUCGCGAGUCACAGCAAAGGGCACAUUCCGGGGCUCCGGCCGUGCCGUCAACGAGGACGCCAGCGACGAGGAGCAGAAGAAGUCCGGCGCAGGUUUCAGGAAGAAGGCGGGCAGUAAACGCGCGAGGGAGGAGAGGGCGCUCGCGGCGGAACGGAGAUUAAAGGCGUUGCAGGGUGCAGGUCAGCUUCUGGCUCGCUGUGCCUGGCUACAGCAAGCUUGACUCUUCCUUUGCGUUAGCCGGACCGUCGACCGAGUCGCGGGAGGAUGAAAUCGAUGAGGAUGAAGAGGAUAGCGACGUGGAGAUCGUGGAGGAGACGGAUCAGGAGAGACGGCGCACCAUGCUUGACGCAACAGCACAGAACGACAUGGACACCUGAAGAGCUCGCAGACCGACUUCUCGUCAGACUUCAUCUUCCGCGGAUAUCGUCGACGACAGAUGAAGAGCCACCCUGCGAUGUCCAGAUUCUAUCACGCCCGAGUGCUACCGCUACCUCCGCCGUGGAGGAAUCAUCAUCACGCAAGGGAAAGCAGCGAGUUAGUUCGGAAGUCAUAGACUUAACGGAGGAAACCCCGAACGGCAAAACAGCCCCGCGGAAGAAGGCCAAACGAGACGUGCCUUACGGCAACCUCAUCGAAGACGAGAUGAAACAGCGCAAGCUCGAAUCGUUAGGACUAACAGGCACCGGCCAGCGUC